AUGAUUGGUGCAUAUGUUUUUGACCUUUCACGUCUCAAGGUCAACCUAUCUGCUUUGUUUCAUAUCUCUACCUCCAAACAAUUCACUGGGGUGUUUCUUGAUUUCUGCAGAUGUACGGUAACGCUACCGGCUAAGAUAUCGAAAUGGUCGCGUUGGAAUUUAUUUCUCAAUGAUUUCGCAGAUCGAUGCUCUUAUAUGUUAUCAUUUGUUAUUCUGGUCAUGUGCUUUACUAUUGUUACACUGAAAUCUUAUGUCUUUGAACCGUUGUCAUGCUAUAUUCCAACUACCUUCUCGGGUUCUAAUUUGGGAUCGUACAUAAAUGCAUUUUGCUGGAUUAAUGGAACUACACCGAUAAGUGUAGAUACGGAUCAGCUAGAUAAUCCAACGUAUUGGAGUAGUUUAGAAGAUAAAAAAAUCAAUUAUUAUCAAUGGGUUUCACUGGUUUUGGCAUUACAAGCUAUUCUGUGCUACCUACCUCGCCUUAUUUGGGAGGCAAUUACUUUCAAUCGUGUUGGAACAAAUUUAGGAUUCUUGCUUGAAUCAGCACGAGAAGCUUCAAAGGAAACUGGAAAGGAAAGAUCAAAUCGUGUUCAAUUUAUAGCAAAUGUUAUGGAUACAUUGUUGUUUGCUCGUCGUGAUCUACGUAAAUUAGAAAAUGGUCUUAAAGAUCAAAAUUUUUUGAACACAAUUUUGCAUACUAUUCAAAAUUUGCUUCCGCGUAAAAGGCUUGGUACUGCGUUAGUCACAUACUACAUGAUAAUCAAAUCAUUUUAUUUGCUAAAUGCAGUUGGACAACUCUUAUUGAUGGAACGAUUUUUGGGUGUCCGUGGAGAAUAUCGCCUAUUUGGCUUAUCAAUUUUAGGUGAUUUGAUUAUGGGUAGACAUUGGAAUGAAACUAGUGUCUUUCCUCGAGUGGGUUUUGUCGUGUACCAAUCAAAUUAACGAGUACACCUAUACCCAUGGUCACUGUACAAUGCACAUUGCCAGUUAAUAUGCUGAACGAAAAG